AAACUUAUACCUUAUGUGUCAUAACUCUAGAAUCUUACUAAACUCGAACGUUGAUUGGCCUAAUAUUGGUUCUAACGGUAUUCUGUCUUGUACUCACAUAACCUUUGCUCGCCUGUGAAUAUUUCCGAACUGCGAACGUAGCUGACAGAGAUCUAAUAUUGAUGAAUACGAGUCGACAUUUGAAGCAGUGCUUGUGACGAACGUAAUAUUGGAAAGACUAUUAAACAUAAAAACUAUAAAAUUAAUAAAAACUAUUAAAUUUAAAGUAAAAUAUUAAUAAUGAACACUGAAAACAUAAAUAACAAACAACCACGCAAACGUGCUACGAAUUUUUCGGAAGCGGAAAAGAUAAGAUUAAUAGAUUUUGUAUCCCAUUUUAAACAUAUAUUAGAAAAUAAAAAAUCAGAUAUGGUAAAUUUGAAAGAAAAGGACAAAUAUUGGAAAAAAAUAGAGCAAAUGUUCAAUAGUUCAUCAUCCUCAACUGAAUUUCGAAGUUCUGAAGUAUUAAAAAGCUGUUGGGAUAAUCUAAAAAAAAAACAAGAAAGUUCUUUGCAGAAGAAAAGAUGGUAUUGUAUAAAACAGGCGAAGGACCUUGUGAAUCUAGAUCAGAUACAACUAUGGAACUUGUGCGAAAUAUCAUAAAGCCUUCUGUUGAUGGCCUAAUCAAUACUUUUGAUAGUGAUGCUAUAAUAGAAAUGAAUGAAAAUUUAUGUGAAACUUCUCAAGUGUUUUCAAAUAUAAACAAAUAUGAUUCUACAAUUCGAAGUAUAAGUUCAUAUAAAGUUCCAAUAGCUUCAAAUGCAGAUUCUCAUAAAAUGACAAGAAAUACUAUGACCACAGAGGAAUGGCGUACUGACAAUACUAUGAAUAUAACGGAUGAAAAUGAUAUGAAUAUAAUGGAUGAAAAUGAUAUGAAUGUUACAAAUGAAGACAAUGUAAUGUAUGAAGACAAUAUGAAUGAAAAUCCCGAUCAAACUGAUGUACUAGAUUAUUUGAAAAACCAAUAUGUUAGCACAAAGAGAGAUUCUUUUCGAGAUCUAUCAAAUAGAUAUGAAGAUACUAAUUAUUCUACAGAAAGUGAAAUUCAUAAAAAUGGAAAUGCAGACGAAAUAGAUGACAAUGCAAAUAGCUCAUAUUUUGUGAAUAAUAAUACUGCAGAACAUUGUAAAGAAAAUGACAAUGCACAAAGAGGACAAAAACGAAACAUGCCAAAGAUAUCUGCAGUACAGAUUUUACAGAACAGAAUAAGCAUUCCACUCCAAAAAAAAAAGAAACUCGAAUGACCAAAGUAAGUUACAAAAUAUUAAUAAACGCUGUAAAUUACGCCAAAACAAAAAAAAAAACACGUUCCAAAAUGUCAGCAUUUAGUAUAUUGGCAGAAUCAAAGACUGAACUCGUUCAAUAUAUGCAAGAAGAUUUAAGAAGAAAAAUUGAAGUUGAAGUAUAAAUCUUGAAUAUGCAAUUAAAGAAAGAGGAAUUGGAGGUACAAUUAUUAGAAAAAGAAUUAUUAUUAAAAGAUCACAUUUUGAAGAAAGAAUUAUAGAAAUAAUUACUUUCUCUAAUACGUAUGUUUUACUUUUUGUUCCGUUUAAAAAUUACAAUUAAUUUAAAAAAUGUUUUAUUUAAAAAAUUUUUGAAGUUUACGGUAUGUUAUCAGCAUUCCCAGUAUGUUUUCGUGAAUGUUAUGUUACUUUUAUUAAGACUGAAACAUAAUUAUUAAAUGAAUAAUUUGUUUUUAUUAAUGUGAUAAUUAUAAAACAAGAAAUGGUUUAGUUUUUGCAGUACUGUGAUAAUGAUUGUGAUUUGGUUUAUGCUUGUUUAGAAUAAGAGAUAUUGUACUCUAUUUACAUGUUAUGUAAAUUAACGUUUAUUAUAAAAUUAUAGUUAUAAUAAAU